UGAUUUAAGGGGGCGUUGAUCUGCCUUGUUCAUUUUGGUUUCUCCGUUGAUAUUUUGACACGAUGAGAAGGGCUCAGAGUCUGUCCUCUUACGUAGUGGGGCGAGCUACGCUCACAGCGCAUGAGUCCUUAGCUGCUGCCUCCUCCACCACCGCCGGCGUCCAAAACAGACUUCUCCAGGUGGCGUUGUACAACAGUAGUAGCAGCUCAGCUGGUCCCUCGCGGUGGUUCUUGCAGAGCAUAGCCGCCUGCCUCGGGCGAUCCACUCGAGCCGUAUCUUUGGGGCUCGCCGGAGCUAUCUCCUUCUCCGUAGCCGCUUCUGCAGUCAUACCGGAGGUAUACGCUAAAGAACCACUAUCGCCUGAGUUCCUCCCUAAGGAGGUUGUCCUUUACCAGUACGAAGCUUGCCCUUUUUGCAACAAGGUCAAAGCAUUUCUAGACUAUCAUCAUAUACCAUACAAAGUUGUGGAAGUGAACCCCCUCAGUAAAAAAGAGAUAAAAUGGUCAGAUUAUAAGAAAGUGCCAAUAUUGACAGUUGAUGGCGAACAGCUGGUUGAUUCAUCAGAUAUAAUUGACAAACUGGCCCAGAGGAUUAAUCCUGACAAAUCUGUUGAUUCUCUUUCUGAUGAUGAAGAGAGAAAGUGGCGCAGGUGGGUGGAUAAUCACUUGGUGCAUAUCUUAUCACCAAACAUAUACAGGACUACUUCUGAGGCUCUUGAGUCCUUUGACUAUAUCACAAGCAAUGGAAAUUUCAGCUUUACAGAGAGGCUAUCAGUGAAAUAUGCUGGAGCUGCAGCUAUGUACUUUGUCUCCAAGAAUCUGAAGAAGAAAUAUAACAUAACUGAUGAACGUGCAGCAUUGUACGAAGCCGCUGAAACAUGGGUGGAUGCUCUAGAUGGUCGGGAUUUUCUUGGUGGCUCCAAGCCUAAUUUAGCAGAUCUUGCCGUGUUUGGAGUUCUAAGACCCAUCAGAUACUUGAAGUCUGGUAGAGAUAUGGUGGAGAACACUCGCAUUGGUGACUGGUAUGCAAGAAUGGAAGAAGCCGUUGGAGAGUCUUCAAGGAUUAAAUCCAUAGAGCAGUAGAAGAUUUUGCCAUUUGCAUCCACGAUGGUGUUUUAUGCCCCAACUAUGGGUAGCAGGAAUGAUGUCCGAUCAAGAACCCUAGAACAUGGAGGAGAAAAUUUUUGCAUUCUUUCUCUCACAUAAAAGAAUUUUGAUACAUUGAGGGGAUCUUUUAGUUUAAUAUAUUUAAUGUGUUAUAACUAUUAAUUACUUGGGCACUGGGCAGAGUUAUUUUUAACUCGAUUUGAAUUUUAUGAAGUAAAAGCAAUAAUACUGUUUUUGAUCUGGUUGAAGCCAGGCCAUAGAUAGGCGUGUAAAGGUCCAGUGGGUAAUCGUCAUGAGACUGGAAAUUCAGGGACAUUAUGAUCCAUCCAGUUACUAUAAUAAGGUGUAAACAUACAUGACAUAACAUUCAGGAAAGUUUUCUUUGUGGUCUUUAGUUCUCCCAUUGAUUAAUGUAUUCCAUGUGAUUAAAUCUUACUUUGACA